GCGAUGAGGAGGUCAGUCGCAGAGCAGUUUAUCCCCGUUAAACCCCAUCUCUGUUCCCCGCUCUCUCCUCUGUCCUCUUUUCAUUCAGAAGCAUCGCACUCUCGUCGGCUCGUUCACCCCUCCUCCACCUCCACCCCCCUCCGUCACGUCUCGCCGAGUGGUUCCGUUUCUCGGGAGGAAGGUGUCCCGGUGCGUCUGCGUGCGUCCGAGCUUCUGGACAAGUGACGCUGUGAGGUGCACUGUUGCUGCUCCCCCUGUCUCCUCACGGCUCUGCAGCAGACCGGGCUGGAGAUGGUCCUAUUCACAGAGGUUAGAGUCUCAUUCAACAGAGGGUCACAGCCACAAACGCAUCACCCACCCUCCUCCUCCUCCUCCUCCUCCUCCUCCUCCUCCAGGCAGGAGUCAUCUGUCUGCCUGUGUUCAUCUAAACAGCAGUGAAGACGAACAGGAAACAUAGACUUCAGUGCUGCUGCCAGAGUGUGCUGUGUGUGUGUGUUUCAGCGCUUCAGUGCCUUUAGUGUUCCCCCAAGCCCUCUACUGUAUGUGUGUGUGUGAGCGUCUGCAAUGAUGUGUGAUUGUGUCCAGGUGGAGCAUUAAGAGGGAGACAGGACCUGUUCAAGUCAGCAAAACGGAGCCAGCUGCUGCAUAUGUGUGUGUGUGUUAGUGUGUGUGUGUGAGAGAGAGAGAGACAGGGCUGAUCCGUCCAGUACGUGAGACUAGGUGUGUGUGUGUGUGUGUGUGUGUGUGUGUGUGUGUGUGUGUGUGAUGGGCUAGUGUUGACCAGGCAAUGAGUGCGUCUCAUAGGCAGAGUGAGGGGCCGUUGGAUGCUGAGUUGAGCUAAAGGAGCAGAAAAAGGAGGAGAAUCUGCGCAAGGAGCAGUCAUGGGGCUCGGCCAGUCCAGCAAGGCUCCGGUCACUGACGACACUGAUGAUGUGACUUUCGACCACUUCCAGAUCCUGAGGGCAAUAGGAAAAGGAAGCUUUGGAAAAGUCUGCAUUGUGCAGAAGAAGGACACUAAGAAGAUGUACGCCAUGAAGUACAUGAACAAGCUGAAAUGCGUGGAGCGGAACGAAGUGAGGAAUGUCCUGAAAGAGCUGCAGAUUAUGCAGAACCUUGAACAUCCUUUCCUGGUGAACUUCUGGUAUUCGUUCCAGGAUGAGGAGGACAUGUUUAUGGUGGUUGACUUGCUCUUGGGAGGAGACCUGCGAUAUCAUCUCCAGCAGAAUGUCCACUUCUCAGAGAGCACAGUGAAACUCUACGUCUGUGAACUGGCCCUGGCACUGGGAUACCUCCGCAGCAAGCGUAUCAUGCACAGAGACAUCAAACCUGACAACAUAUUACUGGACGAACAUGGGCACGUCCAUCUGACAGACUUCAACAUCGCAGCCAUUGUAAAAGAAGACCUUAAAGCCACGUCCAUCGCUGGGACCAAACCAUACAUGGCUCCGGAGCUCUUUCAGACCUUCGAGGGGUCCCACCCUGGCUACUCCUUCUCUGUGGACUGGUGGUCUCUGGGCAUCACAGCGUACGAGCUUCUAAGAGGACAGCGGCCCUAUGUGAUGAGAUCCAGCACACCAUCUAAUGAGAUCCUUCAGACCUUCCACAAAGUCCAUCCCAGCUACCCAGCAGCCUGGUCUUUGGAGAUGAAGUCUCUUCUCAGAAAGUUGCUGUGCAUAGAUGUCCAGAAGCGCAUUUCCUGUCUAGCUGAGCUCCAGGAUCUUGACUACAUGUCAGAUGUCAACUGGGACGCUGUGCUCAGCAAACUGCUUCCUCCAGGCUUUAUUCCCAAUAGGCGAAGACUAAACUGUGACCCGACGUUUGAACUGGAAGAAAUGAUCCUGGAGUCCAAACCACUUCACAAGAAGAAGAAACGGCUAGCAAGGAAAACCAAGGACCAGGGAUCUGAUGGGUCCCCACAGAAUGGUCAACUGCAGCAGCGUUUGGAUAAUGUCCAGAGAGACUUCAUUGUCUUCAACAGAGAAAAGUCUAAGAAAGCAGUGGUGGACUCAGAGUCCUCUGAACUAUCCACGAGUGAGAAGAACAAGGCAAUAGAGGAUGGAGAGAACAACAAUGUUGAACCGGCUGCCUUCUUAUCAGGAUAGUCCUCCUGACUCCAGAUCCCCUCUUAGUCCUGUGUCACUUGCACCUUUCCACAGCUUGUAGAUCUGACAUUAACACCCAGGCACUUCCUGUUCUAUCAGCACGGGCACUCAGAAUCAGUCUUCAGCAUUCAUGCUACCAUCUAUACAAACACAAAUACAUAAUGUGCUUGUGCUUCACUGUUCACAAAAAAAAACACAUGAUCACGAGCUGCAGAACUGCAGGAGAGAGAUGGACUCCUAAAAGCAACAGCCAUGCCCUCAGCCCAGCUUUCUGCUUUUCUUGUCAUUACGAACAUACUCAUAUCAUCACUCCUGGACAUCACUCUGGUGCUCUCAAGUCUGCUCGACCUCAACAAAGGACAACAUGCAGACCUGAAGAGGAAGACACCCCCUUGCCAAUAAAGAAGCAAUGCCACACCUGCCCCGCUCUAGCAGGAAAUCAAGUCUGAUGUGGUCAUCUAAUGCUGAAAGCUGGAUGUGCUGCUGCUGCUUUGGACUGGGCAUUCAGAUUUAAAUCUCAGCUAGCUAAGCCUUCCUGGAUAAUCAUUUAAAUACAGCAAUGAUUUUCCAGCGCUACAGGAACAAGAAUUAAUACAAGGAAUGCAUUGGUUUGUCCUAUGUGGUUUGACCAGAGAUUGGAGCAUGACACUAAACAGUACAAAACAUUAAAAUGGAGAGAUAAUUUUAAAAAAAAGGUACAACGAGGCCUUCGUUUUUAAGACAGCAACCACAGAUUCCUCUAACAUAUAAAAUACAGAGAUGAACUGUAGGCUUGAGCAUGAAUGACUCACUUUAUAAUAACAGCAGAUACUUGGUUGCAAUGGUCAUUAUGCAUAGCUUUGCUAGUCAAUCUAACAGAGAGUAGGAUUACAUUAGUUGGUACGCUGGCCCAGCUGCAUCAGCUGCUGAUAGAGGCAAAAGUUUUCUUCAUUUGUGUAUGCUUUAAAUGACUACUGAGCCAAUACAACAUUUGAAAUGCAGUUAAAAAUAAUGGAUUCAAUGUUAAGCUUGAUUGUCUAUUCUUUACCUUCUGUGUUUCUAGGAGAUGCUUGUUUAAGGUUAAAAAAGGAAGUAGACAAAUGCUGAUUAAACACUGACUAUUUAGUUGAACUUUUGCCUUUAUCUUCAAAUGACAAAUUGGGCCUUGAAAUCAACGUUUAUAACUACGAAAACAUCGAAAAAUUGUACAUGGUAGAUGUUAUAUGUUCUGCACUGAACCUUGCUUUGCACAUGCUUCUUCAUCUACUGUAGCAUUUAUGCACAGACAGACAAAAAAAAUCUAAUACUGUGAGUGAAGACAUAUUCCCUGAGAGAUUGUUUUAUAGACAAGGAUUAAGCUGAGUUCCAGAUAAGAUUAAUUUUUGAGUUACUGUCUGCAUUCAAAUUUGUUUUUAUCCAUUUAUUUGAAUGUUCUUCCCCUUUUUGUUGGAUUCAACCAAUGACAAAAGAUAAGUCUGUCAAUUUGUAAUUUCAAUUAGUUCAACAACACUGCAACAAAAAAACUGGAUUCGACCGAUUGGUGGAAAUAUUCUUAAUACAGAUAUUUGAAAUAAUGAAAGUAAUGAAUAGAUACCAGACACAGCAAUAACCUUCAUUCUUACUGUAGACUUGUUUUCGCGUCAUGUCAAAGAUAUCACACUUGCCUCUCAGUUUUCAGCCUUACAACACCAAAUGGAACACAACUGUUUCCCUUCAACUUCACCUGUAGGUAAAGUAAACUUUUUCACAAACUGUGAGUAAAUGUGAUUUCUAUUAACGUUUAGUCAUUCUAUUGAUCUUAAACUCUUCUACCUACAACAUGACUCAACACUUUACGCAUAUGAUACUUAUUAUAUUUAAGACAUAUUUCACUCUUUUCAGUUCAUAAUUGUUGGCACUUUAUAUUUAAAGUUGAUACGAUGUUUUGACUUACCUUUGUGUUGUUGCUGUUGUUGUUGUUGUUGUUGUUGUCGUUGAUGUAAUUUUACACAUCCAAAGGAGGUUUCCUGUAUAAGUUAUAAGAUAUAGUGAGAUAGUUACGUAGAUGGACUUUAUCCUGGGGAAAAAAUAAUACUUUAAUUAUCUUGUACUUGUUCAAGCAAAAAAAAAAAAAGGCUUUUCCAGUUAGAUAGUGGAAGUUAUCAGAUGAAGCAGAUUCAAACUCGAAAAAAAGUAAACAAGACAAUAAUCGUUGACAUUUUACCCAGGUAUUGCCAUUUUCAACAAAGUCUCUAUUUAAAACAAUUAUUUAGACAGGGAACAGAGUUGUUCCACACCUGUGAUUUUUAUUCCUAUUACUGUUUUGUUGUCCAUGAGUUGUCACUGUGUGUUCAUUGUAUUCAAAUGUGAUGGAGUUGCAAACUAUUGAGGUGUGCCUUAAAUAAUGACUUUCUUUUUCUGAAACAAUC